GUUUGCGAUGUUAAUUUACAAUAAUUGUAUUGUCACUUAAGCAAUAUCGAAGAAAGGCGUAAGCGAUCUCUCAAAUAUGGAGUUAUCACUUAUUGCCAACUCUAUUUUGCUGUUGCCAUUCGCAGCUGUGAUAGUAUGGCUUGCUUAUAAAUUCGUGGAAGAAAAGAUGUCUCCGCUACAGAAGAUUCCAAGUCCUCCAGGCAGAUGGCCGUUAAUCGGCCAUGUUUUCACUUUUCUCCGAUCUAAUCAACUGGAGGUGCUACGCUCUUGGAGUGAAAAGUAUGGACCGAUGUUCGUUUCUCAUCAAGGUUAUGCAGUAGGGAAAGGUGGCUGUUUACUGUAUAUAGCUGAUCCUGAGCUCAUCAAGUUUGUGGCAAGCAAUAGCCAUAAAUUUUACAGACCUGACUUUGUCGCAAGAAAUAUUCCUAGUAUAAGUGCUGGCUUGUUUGCAUCAAAUGGCAAGGCGCAUGCUAGACAGAAAAGAAUGAUUGGGCCUGCAUUCACUUCCAAAUACUUGAAAGGAUUUUUGGGAAUCUUCAAAGAAAAUGUUGAUAACCUUGUUAAGCUAUGGUCCACCAAGCUGAAAGAUCCUGUUGAAGUUCAUGAUGAUUUGACACAUUUAACCCUGGAUGUGAUUGGUCAAUCUGCAUUUGGUUAUAACUUCAACACUGUGUUGGCAGGGGAGAGUAAGGUUUCUGAAGCAGUGGAUUUGGUCAUUAGUGGAAUGAGUUUUAGACAACUCAUGGGCAAGACAUUUAUUCCCUUUUUUGAGUACCUGCCAACAAGCGAAAACAGGAGAAUCAAGACUGCGAAAGAGAUAGCUGACAACACAGUGUUAGAUAUGAUCAAAGAGCGCCGCAAAGAGAAAAAAGCUGGAAUUGUGAGAGAGAAAAAAGAUCUCCUUGAUGUUCUGAUGGACAUGUAUGAUCAGGAAACAAAUUCAGUCAUGGAUGAUGAGGAGUUAAGGAGUCAGGUGUUCACCUUUAUGGUGGCUGGCCACGAGACUACCAGUGUCGCUCUUGCUUGGACCCUCUAUGAGCUGGCAAAGAACCCUGAAAUCCAAGCAAAACUGAGAGAAGAAAUAAACUCUGUGUUGUGUGAUGGUACUGAGCUGACAUGGGAUACUGUUGAAAAUCUCAUGUACCUUGAAAAAGUCAUUAAAGAAUCGCUGCGGCGCCACCCCCCUGCUCACGUGACAGGCCGUUCUCCAAUUGAAGAUAUAACUAUCGGGGGAUAUCUUAUUCCCAAGGAUACAGUUAUGAUUUUGCCCAUUGAUUCAUUACAGCGUACUUCCAAAUAUUGGCCAAAUCCCGACGACUUUGAUCCCGCAAGAUUCGAUGAGGAAGAGGGCCGAACAGGCGUGAAACCUUACACACACAUUCCAUUUGGGGUGGGUUCGCGCAUGUGCAUUGGAUACAAAUUUGCCUUGAUGGAGAUGAAGGUGAUAUUGGCUACUUUGAUGAAGAAAUUUUGGGUCAGUGAGGCUCCCGAAUGUAAGGUUGAAGCCGUGCCAAUGCUGACAGUCCGUCCAAAGGGACUUAAAUUGCUGAUAGGGCUUGCAACCCAGUCCUGAUUCCAGAGCAAUUUUCUGUUUCGUGAAGAAAUAAACGUAGGAUUGCGGUGUUAUUCUUCAUUACUUUCCAUGAUUGAUCCAGAUAGCUCGCGCCACUGUCUUUUCCAAUCAGAUGCGAAACGAAAACCAACUGCAAUCUUAUCACUUUUCUUGUGCUUGUUUACCUUAAGAAUUUUUGCGUCGGUGUCCGGUCGUUUCGUACCCUUAAAU